GUGCUAAAGCAAGAAGUAGCUUAUACACGGAAGGGCUCAAAUCAUUUCACAUUAUUGACUUAAACUGCAAUGGAGCUGAAGAAAAUGUGUUUGAUUGUCCUCAUAAUCUUGUUCAGCAGCACAGCUGUACUGACUAUGAAGAUGCAAGUGUACAAUGUACAGCACUCAAUGCUACUACCAACUGCACUACUGGUCAUGUUAGACUAACAGGUGGUCAGUCCCAGUAUGUUGGUUUAGUUGAGAUAUGCUAUGGAGGAGUUUGGAAAUCAAUAUGUCCAAGAGGGUGGGAUACUCGUGAGGCACAAGUUGUAUGUAGACAAUUAGGAUUUACUUCUAUUGGUGCUGAUUCUAUUAAUGCUGGAAAAGGUUUUGGUCCUGUACAUUCAUCAUAUUUUAGCUGCACUGGAAGUGAAGCCACUCUCCUGAAUUGUAGCUAUUAUACUUAUUCAUGUAGCUAUUCAUACUAUGCUGGAGUUGAAUGUGAAUCUCCUUGCAUUGAAGGGGCUGUUCGUUUAGAAGGUGAUGAUAGAUAUAAAGAAUUUGGUCGAGUUGAAGUAUGUAUUAAUGGAACUUGGGGCACUGUUUGCGACAGUGGUUGGGAUAAUAACGAUGCCAGUGUGGUAUGUAGACAGCUGGGAUACUCUCCUUAUGGAGCUAUAGCUAAAACCUCAUAUUUUACUGAGACCUGGUUACCUUUUCAUUUUUACAGUGUGAAUUGUAGUAGCAAUGAAAGUACACUGUUUAACUGUUCCUACUCAACUACUGGAUCUUGUUACAGCAAUCAAGAUGCCGGUCUUAUUUGUCAAGGUGUGGGUAUAACACAUGAUAACUGUACUGAUUAUGCAGUUCGCUUGGUGGAUGAAGCAACUAAAAAUGAAGGAAAAGCUCAAAUAUGUCUUAAUAGGGUCUGGGGUGCAUUUUGUUAUAGGAAAAAUUACUAUUCUUAUGGUGUGGAUGCUACCAUAAUCUGUAAAGAGCUUGGCUACAAUAAUGGUAAUGGAAUGACUUAUCUUGCUGAGUCUCCUAGUGUAGAUGUUUUGCUGGUAGCUGAUAUGAGUUGCUCUCAAUCUGCUACUAGUAUUAAGCAAUGCAGUCUAACACAUUACACUAAGCUAUCUAGGUGUGAUGCUAGACACACUGCAGCAGUUAGAUGCCACAAUUGUACUGAAGGUAGUGUUAGACUGAUACCUUAUAAUUCUUAUUCUGAAGAUGUUGGACGUGUUGAAGUUUGUGUUGAUGGUUCUUGGGGUAGUAUAUGCUAUCAUCAUUUUACAGACAAUGAUGCUCAAGUUGUCUGUAAACAUUUAGGAUACACUGCAUUAGGGUCCAUUUCAAUGGGAGGACUUCAUCAUGAUGAUAAUAUUCCCCUUCACAUUGUUAAUCUUAAUUGUACUGGUAAUGAAGAGAGUAUAUGGGAUUGCCCCUCAAGUACACAAGGACAGGAAUCCUGCACUGUAUACUCUGAUGUAUCAGUUGCUUGUCCUGGUUUUGCUGUGGAACACUCUGAUUGUGCUACUGGUCAAAUACGCUUAUCAAAUGGAACAAGCAAAAUGGAAGGAAGGGUUGAAUUAUGUUACAAUCAUGUUUGGUUUGGAAUAUGUGCUGAUGAUCAUAAUGAUUAUUAUGAUAUUGGGACU